AUAUCCUUUGGAAAAAUUCUUACCAAUGGAAAACGUUUCGAAAGCGUGCGCACAUGGAAGUUGUCUCAGGUACAAUGGGAUUUUGCUAAUGCGGUAUAAUCCGUGAUUCAUGAUUUGUUAAAACUUUACAAUCAGUUCGUGUGAAAAGUUGAAUAUGCUGAGAUGGUGCGAGGACUCUAUAAGGCGGCAGCAGCGACAGGACAGUGGCCAUGUGCAUGAGCGGUUGGGAAAUGAGAGCGGCUCGCGGCACCUCGGCUGCUCCGAGGGAGAGCCCGUUACGAGCACGCGCACCAGGUUUGAGGAAGAGAAGCAGGCGCGAGAUCGGGUCUGUUCAAAGACCGAUGCGAAUUGGCUCGACUUUGGCGAGUCAGACUACUUGCUCCACCGGCGAGACAAGGAAAAUGGGACUCGACAAUGUAACCGAGCGGGCGGCAGAAAGCGAGUUUCUUUACCAGAGACUUGUUCUCAUACUCCAGAAGUGAGAGACAUGGAAAACGAACCUGACGGCGAUGGCACUGGGGUUCACGGCGUAAUGGGCACCAAGCGCAGGUUGGGAAAGGUCGCUGCGGAACCUGGCAGCGGCACCAAUGCGUUCGUGCAAGGUGACAACGCAGGCGGGUCGCACCGGCCAGUUGUAGAACCCGAGCGCGCGACUGAGCUCCAACGGCUGCCCGUGGAAUCGGCAGGCGCGAGCGGGCUCUCGGUGGGGCGCGUGGAACCUAGUGACAGUUCGCACCGCCUGGAACUACGCUGGGAACAUGACAACUAUGCGAGCGCGCCGCUGGCAGACUGGGACUGCGCGGAGCCACUGCGCAAACGCCCGUGUUCCCAACAAGUAAAUAAACAAGCGGACAUGUCGCUCACGUACAACACGAACCCUCCACAUGCCAGCACGGACCACAGUCCUGCAGAUGUGCAAACCCAAAUAGCAACACUACGCGGAGAUUAUUUGGAUCCACUAAACAUAUCUUUAAUUAAAAGCUCAGGUAAUUUAGAAAGUGACAAUAAAGCGAAGAGAAAAGAUGUAGGUGGUGAGGAUGAACUACCAAAAUGUUCUAAAGGAGUUUCUAAUAACAGAGAGGAUCAGUGUCAAGUAAAAUGCGAAUCAUGGGUAGUAUCUGAUACUUUGAAUAAGCAUCUUUGUCCCAAAACUACAAGCAAUAAGAGAAUGAACUUGUCAAGGUUGGUGUUAGAUCAUAUAGCACCUUGCAUGAAUCAAUAUGGCUUAUGUUUUGUGGACAACUUCUUGGGGCACAAAAUUGGUGACAAAAUUUUGCAAGAAGUUGUUACUCUCUAUCAGAGUGGCAGUUUUGAGGAUGGAACAUUGGCAGGGCAGAGUACCAGUUCAGAUAAGGAAGUAACUGCACCAACUGGCACUUCCAAUAAAACUAUUCGUGGAGACAAAAUAAUGUGGGUGCAGGGUACUGAGCCUGGAUGUGCAUCGAUAGGACUUCUUAUGCAAAGAAUGGAUAAACUUAUAUUGCACGCCGAUGGGAAACUUGGGCAGUACAGAAUCAGAGGAAGACACAAGGCAAUGGUAGCCUGCUACCCAGGGAAUGGAACAGGGUAUGUUCGGCAUGUUGACAAUCCAACUGGUGAUGGUCGUUGUGUGACAUGUAUUUAUUACCUGAAUAAAAACUGGGAUGCAAAGGUGGAUGGUGGUAUUCUUCGAAUAUUUCCAGAAGGAAAGUCCUAUGUAGUUGACGUUGAGCCAAUGUUUGAUAGAUUGUUGUUAUUCUGGUCUGAUCGAAGAAAUCCACAUGAAGUACAGCCAGCAUAUUCUGUCAGAUAUGCCAUUACUGUGUGGUAUUUUGAUGCAGAGGAGAGGGCUGAAGCCAGAACUAGGUACCGUAAUCGAGCAGCUUCUGGACAAACUACAAGCUUUUCGUCAUGACAGUAAUAGUUGUGAAACUUGAACAAUGAGCUAAGCCUUUGAAUAGUGAUCAUUCACAUGAUCUUUUCAUCAGCUCCAAAAACAAGUGUCCCUCCAUGAUAAUCCCAUUUAAUGCCAUGCUUUUGAAUAAUAGUAUGUUGACUUCUACUCUUGUCCAUAAUAGAGAUGGUACUGGCUGCUGUUUAGCCUACCUUUCAGUAAAAACAAUUUUAGCACUAUUAAUCUGUAAAUCAAUAUUGCACAAAAUAGAAUUCAGUGUCAACAUAAUUAUACUUAAAGAAUAUAGCAAAAGUGACAUGAUGAUAACAUGAUGUGUUAAAUAUUAUGACCAUCUUAAAUAAUUAGGUCUAAUAUUGCACUUUAUACAGAUUAUUUCCAGAUUGCAAUGGCGCUGAUUAAUACAUUUUAAUGGCUUUUUUUUCUUCUUCUAUUCAAAAGCACAUGAAUGAUUUUAUUUGUGGCAUUUUUUCUAUCUUUAACCAUUGAGGUUGCUUGAUUAUCACCUACUGAUUGUAAUUAAAAAUAUUUGUUCCACAUUUAUGUACCAUGUAAAUGAAGCUGAUAACCUUAAAGCUUUAUUUGAUUUUUCUCUAUUUAUAUGGAAGCUAAAUGUAUUGUUGUGCAAAAAUACACAUUUCUUCUGAUAUUACUAUGAACAAUCUUCAUCGCACUGCAUUGUGAUUAAUCUUAGUAAGUCUUUUACUUUUAUCCUCCAAUGAAUUGGAAUUUACCCUUGUUUAUGAAUACUUUUUGCAUUACUAUAUCAAACUUGUGUUAACUUUGUCUGAAGAAGAAACAAUACAACAUUAUAUGUGAAAUUAUUUCUGUUGCUGCCUUUAAUAGUUUCAUGGCAAUUUCUAAAAUAACUUGAAUAUGUGAGCAGCAAAAUUUCUGAGUUUACAGCUGGAUGCCACCUUGUAUGCUGGUCAACAAAUUGGCAAUCCAGUAGUGGCAAUAAACAAGUUGUACUGGAAGGCAUCUUUGAAAACUAUAAGACUUAUGUCUUCAGGCAAUAAAAUAGUCCUUGCAAUCAGGACAAAGAUAUGGUUUUA